CAACCACCCACACGCACCCUCCAGCAACCCGCCCACGCACGCCCUCAGCAAUCCACACGCACCACUCCAGCAACCACCCACCGCCUCAACAACCACCCGCACCUCCAGCAAUCACCCACACGCCUCAGCAACCGCCGCACACACGCCUCCAACAACCACCCACACACACCCAUCAGCAACCACCCAACCACCCACACACGCCCCAACAUCCCACCCAGCAACCACCCCACACACCCUCCGCACAUGCGCAUCAGCAGCAAGCCCACACGCCUCCAGCAGCCACCCACACCCAUCUACCCACGCCAGCAACCACCCUCACCUCCAGCAACCACCCACACAC